AUGGAUGCUUGUCAUAUUUUGUUUGGACGACCUUGGAAAUAUGAUAUGGAUGUGACUUAUAAAGGCAGGGACAAUGUGAUGUUGUUUAUGUGGAAUAACCAUAAAAUUGCUAUGGCUCCUGUGUGUCAAUUUGAGAAAUCUGGUGUGAAGAAAGGGGAGAGUUUCCUGACCUUGUGUAGCAGUGAACUUGAGAUGGAGAGGGCCUUUAAAGAAUCUGAGGUUUUCUGUCCAGUGGUGAUAAAGGGGUUGUUGUCUGCAGAAAAGGAAGAAGUGGUGAUCCCCAAGGAAGUGCAGGACAUGUUGGGGGAAUUUGAAGAGUUGAUCUCGGAUGAGUUGCCCAACGAGCUACCACUUAUGAGAGACAUUCAACAUCAGAUUGAUUUGGUGCCUGGAGCUAGCUUGCCAAAUCUGCCACAUUACAGAAUGAGUCCCAAGGAGAAUGUGAUUUUGAGAUAG